AUGCAUAGCUGCACUGCCACUUUAGAGAUAAGGCUACUUGCAUUAGUGGGACUGCUUCACUUAGUAUCUGGCACCGCCAAUUGGCAUACGGCUAGCGAUGGACGACAAUAUCUAAUUGAAGAAGCGGCAAAGUACAAUUGGCAUCAAGCAAUGAACCAAUGUUCUCGCCAAGGUUUACAACUAGUGGUCAUCGAUAAUGAAUUAAAAAAUGAGGCUUUAACAACACUAUUGCGUGCAGUUUUUGGCACCUCUCGUGACCUCUGGAUAGGCCAUCAUGAUGAAUUCAAUACCAAAAAGGAUAAAUUGCGAAAUUGGUAUUCCAUGAGCACGGGGGAGGCCCUUCCCUUCAACUACUGGCACAGUGGUGAACCCAAUAAUCAUUGGGGCGAACAUUGUGCUCAAAUAUAUGGCCGUGCGAAUUUUCAUUGGAAUGAUGCUGAUUGUAGCAGCAAAUAUUUUGGCUAUAUUUGUGAAGAACAUCUACGGACUACCCAAUGUCGUGCCAACUUGGAGUUUAAACGAAAUGCCACCAAUGAGCGCAACACUCAAGUUUCAUUGGAUUUUGGUCGCACCCAAAGUAAUGUGCAGCAAAUCAUGAAGAAUACCAGAAACUAUACGGAUAAGCUUAUGGUAGAAUGGAAAAUAGCUUCAGCAAAUAUUUUGGAAAAUUUUAGAAAUUUACAAACAAUUAUUGCCGAUGUUGGCAAAACGAUUAACGAUAUCUAUUUGAAGACGAACGAUGAUAUAUUGAAAUUGGCAGAGUCCACACGUCUGCAUGUGGAGAACACUCAAGAGAAAGGCAAACAAUUAAUUAAUGAUCAACAUGCGGAAUUUGGUGAAAAAUUGAAAAAACUUUACGAAAAUGUUGAUGGCAUAUUUGAAGAAUAAUUAUUUGAAAUUGCUCGAAAGGA